ACCAGUCGGUGAUGGAUAUUCAGCGAGCAAUGAAUUCGAUGCACACUCGCUUGAAGCUGAUAGCAUUCGUGCACUUCAUUCUGAUCGUGCUGGCGCUCGGCAGUGCGUGGCUACCGUCCGCUUAUCUGUUCUACAACUUGCUCUACUUGGUGGCACUGUUCUGGGCGAUACACUGCCGGGAAUCGAUCGACGCAGUCCAAAUUUGUGCCGUCAUUAAUGGGUUCAGUUUCUUCUUCGAUCUGAUGGGCAUCAUCUCGUACUUCCCAUCGCACGGUAUCUUUUCCGCCGUGUUUGCGAUACUUAAUCUGGUUAUCCGGCCCUUCAGCUUGCUGCUGUUGCAGCGUGAACUUUCCGACCGGGGCGGAAGCUUCGAGUUUGGCGGGUACGACGGUACCAGGGGAGCGGGGGAACAUCCGACCAGCUACGAGGAUAUCGAUGCACCGCACCAGCAGACACCAUCGCACGGACAGGUGAAUGUUAAUAUGUUCAAGUGAAA